AUAGCAAAAACCUCUCCAGAAAAAGAAAAAGAGAGAGAGAGAGAGAAAGGCCUGUAUGUUGGGCUUUGAAGGGUGAAGAGAAGGGCCUUCCUUGGAGCAGAACUUGUGAGUGGAUGGGCCCCAGACGGGCCUGGGUGGCAGCUCACAGCCCAGUCUGCGACGAGUCUGGGUGACUGGAGCCUGUAGCUGCAGGAGCCGCGCAGCCCCGAGCCCUCUAUCCCCCUAGCCCCAGGCCCAUAGGCUUCCUUCCUCCCAGGCUCCCUGCUGAUACACCUGAGAGCACCUAGCUGUUUAUGGAAGGGGAAGGAAGCCCUUCCUCCUCGGAACUUCCCCAGCAGACAAAGCUGAGUCUGCACUGCAGCCUGUCUGGCCUUGGGGGGGGUGGCCCAAGAACACAGAGCCACCUCUGCCCCAGCCACACCCGGGGCUGUAGAGCAGGCCGCCCCUGGCUCCGCCUGCCCACAGCAUCUCACCAACUGCCUCCUCAUCAGAUCUUGAUGCCCUCCAAGUGGCACUGAGGCCCAGCAGCUGCCUGCCUGUCCCUGUCCUGCUGAGCUGACCUCUGUCUGCCCUAGGUUGGUGAUCACCCCCGGUCCCGAUGAUGAAGCCGUGUCUGCUGUGCUUGCCGCUGACCUGCCUCCUGCUGCUGCCCUGGCCUCUGGCCACUCCGACACCAGCGACCCCUUGGCAAUGCCCGCCUGGAGAGGAGCUGGACCUGGACCCCAGGCAGGGUGCAGCCUGCAGGCCCUGUCCCCACGGUACCUUUUCAACCUCAUGGGGCUCCAGCCCAUGCCAGCCCCAUGCCCGCUGCAGCCUUCGAGGGAGGCUGGAGGCCCAGGUGGGCACUGCGACUCAGGAUGCAGAAUGUGGAGGCUGCCAGCCAGGGUGGUUUGGGCCCUGGGGGGCCCCCCAUGUUCCAUGCCAGCCGUGUUCCUGGGCACCUCUGGGCACUCGUGGCUGUGAUGGGAUCAACCCAGCUUACCGGGCAGAGGAGGCCAAUGAGGACACCAUCGGUGUCCUGGUGCGGCUGAUCACAGAGAAGAAAGAGAACGCGGCUGCCCUGGAGGAGCUCCUGAAAGAAUACCACAGCAAACAGCUGGUGCAGACGAGCCACAGGCCUAUGCCCAAGCUGCUGCCGGCCCCCACCAGCAUGCCUCACCUCUGUCCGCAUCGCCACCACCUCCACACCGUGCAGGGCCUGGCCUCACUCUCUGGGCCCUGCUGCUCCCGCUGUAGCCAGAAGAAGUGGCCUGAGGUGCUACUGUCCCCUGAGGCUGCAGCUGCCACUGCCCCCACUCCUAGCCUCCUGCCCAACCUGGCCAGGGCUCCCAAGGCCGGGACCAAGGCAGGACGCCAGGGCGAGAUCACCAUCCUGUCCGUGGGCAGGUUUCGUGUGGCUCGAAUUCCCGAGCAGAGGGCCAGUUCGGUGGCGCCUGAGGUGAAGACCAUUGCAGAGGCCGCACCCUCGGGGGACGCUCUCCCCGAAUCCCCCCAGCUGGGCCUUCCCCCCGAGCAACGGGCACUGCUAGGACGUGGUGGGAGCCAUACCAAGUGGCUGAAGCCUCCAGCAGAGAGCAAGGCCGAGAGCGAUCACUAUCUGAUCUUCAAAACAAAACGAAAGAAAAACCCAAAAGAAUCCAAAACAACAAAACAAAACCAGAUUUACACUUCUUACACACAAGCGUGGCUGUGGGCUUUCCAGUCUUAUACUCCAGGCUGUGUUUUGAAAACACCUAAAAACUCUGAUCAGACUACUUGGAAGACACCGGUCAAAGGUUUAUUAUUAUUAUUAUUAUUUUAAAUGUUUUUAUUUCUUUUUAAAAUGUGAGUUCCAAUAAAAUUUAAAAAUUAGAUUCCAACCUGUAGAUUAAAAUGAAUUAAAAAAUACAAAAUCAUAUACAACGCUCUCUUCACAGGGAUGUUACAUGCCAUGAGAACAGGUUUCUGUCACGUGAUAUGAAACAGGGAUGUGGACGCCUUGGAGUCAGGAUGGAGACAGGCCCCAGGGCCUUUAAAGACAACUCCAUGUUCCUAGAGGCCUGGCCUUACCACCCCUUGGGUAAGGAGGAGCUGGAGUCACGCCACAGGUCCACACAGCCUGGCUGGCCUGAGGAGGAGGUCUCUGGGCCAGCCCCACCUUCCCCGACUCUCCUGGACAUAAGGAAGGCUGGGGCCUGGAGAUGCUGGUCUUGCUUAGGUCAGACCCUGAGCUGCUUUCACCCAUCUGGUUCCUUGGGCUGGUACUUUCUGUUCUCUUCAGUCUCCCUCUACCAGGGCUGGAGUAGGUAAAGGGCUUCACUAGCACAGCAAGGAUACCCAGGGGCCAUCGGGCAGCCACAGAGAAGCAAGAGCUGCUGUGUCACCUUCCAGCUCGGUGGCAGCAAGUCCCAACUCCCGUGAUCCUCAGCUGGCCUCUGGGUGGACUCAGCAUACAAGAUAGAAAAUACCCACUGGAGAAGAUGAGGGAAUGGGACCCAGGUUGGCUCAGGCAAGUCUGGCCACGAAAUGCGGAAGCCAGCCUGCCAGGAAUUUUGAAGGCUGGGUCCCGGAACUGUAUAAAGCCUAAGUUCAGAAGUGAGAGUACUCUAGGAGGGGGACACGGGAGGUCGGGACAAACCCUGCAGCCAGCCUGGCAUGCUGAUAAAAGGCUGAGCGCUCAGAGGCUCAGCGGUGGAUUCUGCUCACUCGGCCUGGCUGGGUCUCCCACUGGGCCCUGCAGUCAGAGGUCGGGGGGCUUGGACUCAGCACGGAGCUCACUCUACAACCCAGACUUCCCUUCUCUGGAUUCCCAGGCUAGGCAAGCAGCUGGGGCUGCACACGGAAUGCUGUGGGGGACACAGUGCAGAAGAGCAGAGCUCCCACAGACCCUCCCUCUGCUGCAAUUUAGCAGUAACGCCACAGCUCUGGACAAAUGUGCAAGACAGACCACAGGCCCAGAGUGGCCUGUCCCCUCUGGCCACACAGCGGAACAAAGGAAUGGAGGGCCCCAGGCCUGGCUCAGCCGACCUUGGAACCCUGCCACAGUCCUGUCUGCACCGUGAGGACGCCAGAACCAGGUGACCAAGGGUCCUAUCCUUCUCUGAUGCUUCAUGUGGCUCCCGGACCGCUGGGAGUGAGAUGACUCAAAUCUGGAACAAGCUGGUUGGUGGGUAAACACUCGGGUGCAAGAGCCCACCUGCUCUAUGUUCUCUAGGUCCUGGUUCUUGCCCAGGGAGAAGUAGGCCUGGGGUCUUUCAGGGCUACACCAGGCCCCCUCGAAGAGCCAACCCACUGAGUCUGGACAUUGGGCUGGCACUCAGGGGACAGGAAGCCAGAGUGCACAGGCUUGCCAAGGACAGGAGCUUUUCAACAGUAAAAUGCCUGGUGCUGUCCUCAAACAUAUUUUCAAUCCUGGCAUCGUUACCCCAGUGUUUUGUUCAAGUCAGGCCUUUGCUGCCAAUUCUCAUCUUCCUAUGCUGCCAGCUGGACCUGCCUCUGGAUCCCCAGGGCCCAUCACAGGUCCCAACCCAAAGCAGAAGUUCAUACAAAUGCGCUGAGCUUCCCACGUCUCCAUAAAGCUUCCUUUGGGGCGGAAGAGCAGCCCCUCCCUUCCCAGGCUGGCCAUUAACCCCCCACCACCACCACCCCCAGGUGGCAGCAGAAACAGCAGAGUAUUUCAGGAAUCUUAGCUCUUCAGAGCUGAGUGACUUUUGGCAAGUCUCUUAAGUUUUCUGAUCCUUAGUUCUUUUGUUUACAAAAAGGGGAGUUUGGCAAUCAACUGUCAAAGUGCUUUGCAUACCAAGCUCUGGACAGGUGAGUGUGUCCCUGCUGAGUAUUCAGGGAUGGGGACAUGCACUUCAGGGUCACUGCAGGAGAGAACAGAAGGAACAGCAACUGUCCUAUCUCAUGUGAAAAAAAAAAUUUGUUUUCUUUUCAAAACAUGGCCAUAGAUUAUGCU